AUGGGUUUCGCGUUGAAGAAACCAGCUGAUGCCGUUGGGUCGGCGGCCCCAGCCAUCAUCAUCGGUCUGUUCGUUGCGUUUGGUGGUGUGCUCUUCGGCUAUGAUACCGGAACCAUCAACGGAAUCCUUGCCAUGAAAUACUGGCGAAAGCUCUUCUCCACCGGAUACAUCAACCCCGCAGACAACUUUCCUGAUGUGACCUCUACCCAGUCUUCCAUGAUUGUGUCUCUGCUGUCUGCUGGUACAUUCUUCGGGGCUCUGGGUGCUGCACCCGUCGCAGAUUACUUUGGACGUCGCAUUGGUAUGAUCAUUGAUUCGGCUGUCUUUUGCUUUGGUGUUAUCUUGCAAACUGUGGCUACCUCGAUCCCGCUGUUUGUUGCUGGCCGAUUCUUUGCUGGAUUCGGCGUCGGUUUGCUCUCUGCAACAGUCCCCCUCUACCAGUCCGAAACCUCUCCCAAGUGGAUUCGUGGUACCAUUGUUGGUGCCUAUCAGCUGGCCAUCACCAUUGGCUUGCUGGUGGCUGCCAUCGUCAACAACGCAACCAAGGACCGUGAUGACACUGGCUCCUACCGGAUUCCUGUCGCUGUCCAGUUCGUGUGGGCUAUCAUUCUCGUCGCUGGCAUGCUGGUGCUUCCCGAAACCCCCCGGUUUUUGAUCAAGCAAGACAAGCACGAAGCCGCUGCGAAAUCCCUCGCACGUCUCCGUCGCAUCGACGUCGGUGAUCAGGCUAUUGUCGAGGAACUCGCAGAGAUCCAGGCCAACCACGACUAUGAGAUGAGCGUCGGCAAAGCAACCUACCUCGAGAUCCUCCGCGGAUCCAUUGGUCGCCGACUGGCAACCGGUUGCGGUGUUCAAGCCCUUCAGCAGCUUGCUGGUGUCAACUUUAUCUUCUACUAUGGCACCACCUUCUUCGAACACUCCGGCAUCAAGAACGGUUUCAUCAUUACCCUCAUCACAAACAUUGUCAACGUGGUCUCCACCUUCCCCGGUCUCUACAUGGUCGAGAAGUGGGGUCGUCGUCCUCUCCUCAUGUUCGGUGCCGUCGGCAUGUGCGUCAGCCAACUCAUCGUCGCCAUCGUCGGCACCGCCGCCUCCUCCGACGUCGCUAACAAAGUCCUCAUCGCCUUCGUCUGCAUCUAUAUCUUCUUCUUCGCCAGUUCGUGGGGCCCAGUUGCCUGGGUUGUGACUGGCGAGCUUUACCCUCUCAAGGCUCGUGCCAAAUGUUUGUCCAUCACCACCGCUACCAACUGGUUGCUCAACUGGGCGAUCGCCUAUGCGACACCAUACAUGGUGAACGCGGGACCAGGCAAUGCCAAUCUCCAGUCCAAGGUCUUCUUCAUCUGGGGCGGUUUCUGCUUCCUCGCCGCUGUGUUCGUGUACACCUGCAUCUACGAGACCAAGGGCCUUAGUUUGGAGGAGGUUGACGAAUUGUACCACAAGGUCCCUGUGGCUUGGAAGUCAAAGGGCUUUGUGCCAUCGUCCAACUACGCGGAUAUGAUGGAUGGUACUGAGAAGGAACGUAUUGACCACGUUGAGAAGGCAUAG